AUGGCGGAGGUACCAAACAAGAAUGAUGAUCGACACAAGGAGGAAGUAGCGAGUGGACGUGAUGAGUCUGAGGGAACACUCGAGAUCUCUGAUGAUCUAGAUGAGAACUACCUGUACAAAAUUGCAAAAGAAAUAGAGGCAGAGUUGUACUUUGACCUUGGAAUGACACUUGGCUUCAAAUACGCAGAAGUCCAAGCCGUUAAAACAAGCAACCCACACGAUUCUCGUCAAUGGGUGUUCUUGAUAUUAAACAAAUGGAGGCAAGGACAGAGGAGAGAUGCUGACAACAUAAGAAUCCUAACAGACGCACUCGAAGAGAUCAAAAAAGUGGACCUUGCAGAUAAAGUCAGAGCAGAAAAACAGCAAUCGCUAGGUCCCUUGCACAUUCAUCUGUCUUACAAUGACAAAGAACGACUUGAGGCUGGUGUACGAGAAACUCAGAAGCAGGACACAGGGAUAGAUGCUAGUUUUUUGGAACAGCUAAUUUUCAGGGCUCUGAAAUCAGUUCCCACCUUGUAUCAAUCCUUAACAACAAUCCUGUCAGUGAUGUAUGGGAUGCACUUAUGCAGCACAUAUAUGCAAUCAAUAGUACUCCAGCUAAAAGUUGUUGACCGACGAAAAGCAGCCAGAUUGCUCACGGAUUUCAAAAGUGGAUCUUUGACUUUGUUACUUGUAAAAGAGAUAAUUCCUGAGGAAGUUAGACUGGAAUAUAGUGGGUCGUACAUUGACGUAACACUAACUAUAGAAGAGAAGCUUGUUCAAGAAUGUUUGCGAGGGGACGAAGCAGUGCAGGAUCAAGAUGGGUCAUUCUAUCAAGAAGAUGGAGCAUCAUCAUUGACGUUCGAUGAAGAUUUAACUCGUAUGAGCACUGACCUCGAGAAACUAGAUGUUUCAAAAGUAAAGACAGAGAAGCUUGGAGGGAAAUCGCCCAUUACGGAAGAUGACCAGACUGGGGAUGAUGCAUUAGAAGGAGUCACUGGUCACCCAGAUGUGAAAACUGCUAAAGAUGAUUCGAUAAGUCUUGGUGAAGAUUCUAACAUUGAAGGGCUCUUGAGAAAGACAUUACGAACAGAAUCCAGCGUGAAGGUGGAAGAUAAUG